GGAGAGAGAAAGUUCUCGGAAGUUGAAGAAGGAGAAGCUUUUUCUUGAGAAGGAAGUAGAAAAGCUGCAGCUUCAUAAUACCUUGCUUCAUUGGAAACUAAGCUGUUUGGUAUGCUACAAAUAAUAUUUAAAGCUACAUCAGCUAAACUGAGUUUCAUCCUUUUUGGAAACAUAAUAUUGUUUCUUAAAAUGGUGAUUUGAAACAUUUAUCUCAGAUUUAUGAAGUUGUGUCAUCUCAUAGUAAUUCCUUGUUCAUGUUUGAUUUUUCUUUAAUUUUUGUACUAUUUUGUCAGUCAGUAUAUCUUUGUCCUUAGCUAUUACAGUGUCAGCUUCACUUUUGUAUUUAAAGCUAUUGAAAACUAGUUUUAGCCCUUAAAUGAGCUUGAAAAUUACAGCAUAUAUAUUUACCCUUAUCUUUUCUUUAAGAAAGGAAGACCUUUAAAAUGCUUUCUUAAAAUUACUUUUUCUUUUUGUAUGCAGAAUAAAACUCUUGUAGAAACAGAAGCACUUUUAAAUGAUAAACUUUUAGCUGCAAUAGAAAUAAGCAGUCUUCCUGAGAUGGUCCAAGUAACUGUACUGAUGACCACUUGAAGAGUACGUCUCAGUCAGCUAGAUCUGUAGAAUUGCCAGUGAAGCUUCGUUUACUCACAGCAUCUACUGGAAAACAGCAGGGUAGCCCUUCUGUGUAUGAAAUAAAUUCUUCUAAAAGUACUACUACCUUGUCAAAGGAAAUGCAUUCAGAUCAAGUCAAGUUUGCAUUAUCAUUGCCUUCUGGUAAAAAUAAUCAAAAGAUACUUGAAGUAGACAAGGUGGAAACAAACAAUGACAAAAAUAUAGUUUUAGAAGAAAAUCAUUUACACGGAGAACUACUGAACUGCGAUAGUGCAUUCCUGACUCAUACCAAUAAUACUCAAUCUCUAAGACAGUCUGAGGAGCUUAUAAAACAAAAUAAUGAUAUUUCAUUGCCGUUCUGUGGAAAUGUGCCUGAAAGAAGGAACCACGCAGCACUUUAUAGGUCAAAAUCUCAACAUAAUAUAAAGGAUUUUGAUAAAAAAUGUAUCUCAGAUAUGCAUCAUCAUGGUAGCAGCAGCCAAACCAACUACGUGAAUUUGCAGGAAAGUUCAAGUGGCUUGUCUCACAUUAUUCCUUCACCUCUUGAAUUUAACAGUGAAGGUAAGAUAGAGUUUAAGUCAGUGCUGCUUAUUGACAAGACUAAACCUGAAGAAACUGUAUAUGAUGCUGAUAUGGAGUUGACUGCCAGUGAUGCAGGUGAGCUGCUCACAGUUACAUCAAAAGACAAAGAUAAACUACAUCAAAAUAAAAACAAUAAUGCCAGUUCUGAUAAAAUAUUGGGAAAUUUCAGGAGAGUAAAAUAUUCUAAAAGUGAUAAAGAGAAAAUUAAAAGCAAGACUAAAGUCAGUUCAGAUUUGUAUGCAGAAGAAAGGCAUGCCAGGGCUGACAAGAGCAAAGUUUCAAAAACUAUUGAGUCACAAACUCAGCUAUUCCAAAGUCAAACAGAACAGCAACCUACAAAGAAAUCUUUACAGAAGCAGAGUUUGCCAAAUACUAAUGACUAUUUUGAAGCACAAAAUUGUCCAAGUAAAACUAGAGAUACUAGAGGGACAUGCCUAGUUAAACUAGUGCAUCCAAGAAAACAAGAACAAGAGAAAAAUAAAGAAACUUUCUCAGAAACAUCUGAAGAAUUGGAAAGCAAAAUAAAAGCAGACUCAGAUGCAUCUAAUAACAAGAUCCCACCUCAAGUUUAUUGUGCUGAAAGUUUACCAUUUCAGUAUAACACUUCUAAUGUAUUACCUUUACAGCAGGAAUUUCUAAGUGAAGAUGAGAAGCAUAUCAGACCACAAACAAACAGGAAACCCCUUCAAAGCCCUUCUAAAAUAAUCACAGCAAAAUGCUGUGGAGUGGAAAAUGGGCAGUAUGGAGAAUAUGGUUCAAAAAGGUCUCAAACAGAGAGGUGCCAAGAUGACAGCAAGAAAAAACAAGACCAGAAGAAUAUUAUAAAGAGUAAAUGCAACAAAAAAGGUAGUGACACACAAAGAGAAAAUAAUAGUGUUCAUAAAAUUACUGAGAAAGGACACCGAAACAGUAGUAAUUUUUCUCCAGGCAGAUUAAAACGUACAUUGGCAAAGGCUAGCCAUAAAGCACAUAUAAUCUCAACAUAAGAUCUUAAACAGUUCUCACUUUGCAAAAGUGAAGAAUUAAAAAAUAAGGAUUCAUUGUGCACACAGGCUGGAAAUAACUGAAACUCAGCAAUCUCAGGUAGCUUUAAUUACUCAGAAUGGUGUAGCUAUGAAUAUACUACAGGCUAAAGCCUCUACACAACAAGUUGAUGACAAUGUUAAUGCAUUAAAGGGGGUAGAUUCCUCAUCAGUGAUACGCAAAACCCCUAACACUAGUAAUUCUUCUGAUAAUCAAGUAAAGAACAAAGGGAGCUUUACUUCUGGUAUUAUGGAGACCAGACCAGAAAAAAAUUAUUUCAGGCGUAUUGAUCAGGGACAGCUGAACAUUUUGGAUGACUGCGAAGUCCCUCAUAAGAUAGAUUCCUUUAUGAGCAAAUUAAAGCCUACAGUUGAAAAAUCAGAAUAUUUAAAUUUCAUACGUGUAGAUUUUUCUAAUAAUAUGUCAUUAAAUACAGGUAGCCUUUUCCAGGAAGAUCUUUCCAAUUUGGAGCUCCAAGCUCUUGAUAACCCUAAAUUCCAUUCUUCCGUCAACCUCUCUAUGCUGAGAAACAAUGAAAUUUGGGGGGGAAAUAAUCAAGAUAAAGCACUGGAU